AUGGAGUCCGAUCACGAGGAGUAUAGAAAAUCCAUGGGGGAUAGGACCUAUGGCACCUUCCUCUUUACUCCUCAAUGGUUUUCCAAAAUGACUCUAGGAUCAGUGGGUUAUUUCGAUAAAACCGGAGGGUGGCAUCAAGUCACCAAUCUCAUGGAGGAAGGCCGUCCAGAACGAGAUGGGUACAAGCCAUUCCGCCGGGAAGGCCUGGAAUAUGCCGAGCCGCAGCCGAUCUUUUGGGAAAAUAACUCUUCAGAGAUUGAGAAGGGACGGAGCUACCGAGGCACGGCCGAAGGGUCCGGCGCCAUGGCUGCGGCCCCAGCUGAGGCAUCAGUUCAGGUGAAGGUGAGCAACUCGUCGACCGGCUCAGCAGCCCUCAUCACCAGGUCGGAGGUGCAAAAACACGGCAUCUCAGGGCACGCCAAGCAUCGGAUGAUCGAUUGGGUGACAGAUAAUACAACAGAACUUCUUGAGCAUCCGGACUUUGGUCGCGAACUCAAGGGGAAGAAGGAGUUAUGGACGGUCGCAGCCACAUGGGUUACCAAGGAGUGUGCGAUCAAGUUGGCCAGUGGCAAGAAGCAAGACCUAGACUUGUCCUUUGACGUGGGAGCGACGGGGAUCGGUAAGCUGGGCGGCGGCAUCGGAGUAUUUGAGCAGCUCAAGAGGGAGGGGUGUCAGUCAUACCCCCCUGUCGAGAACAGUAAGGGCUAUGUUGUCUCGUUUGCGGGAGUCAGACAUGUUUUCUCGAGGAGGAAGAAUUUCAUUGGAAAGGCUCCCCUCAAAGAGUAUAAACACACAAUAAGCGUUCCACUUCCAAAGACUACAUCCGAUUCAGAUGCAACUGGGCCUGUGGUCAAGACUCACAAUGUCAAGUGGGAAGACUGGGACCUGGAGGAGACGGAGGAUGAGACGGAGGAUGAAGAAGUUGAUGACGAAGGAGGGUUCACGUGUGAAGCAGUUGGGAUGAGUGAGAGUGAUACUGAGACAAACUAG